AUGGAUCAAGUGUUAGUUCUUGUUUCGCUUCAUUCGCUAGCUUCAUCUAUUCCAAUCUUUAAUGGAUCAAAUUUCUCUGACUGGAAGGAACAGAUCCAGUUUCAUCUCGGUGUUCUGGAUCUUGACUUAGCUUUGCGAAUUGAAACACCUCUUGCUAUUACUGAAACUAGCAGUGCGGAAGAGCGAGCUUUGUUUAAGUCAUGGGAAAGAUCGAAUAGGUUAGGCAUUAUGUUUAUGCGAAUGUGUAUGGUGAAUAAUAUUAAGUCAACGCUUCCUCAAAAUGAAAAUGCAAAGGAGUAUCUCAAGGAUGUGGAAGAUCGCUUCCGUUCAGCAGAUAAGUCCCUUGGAGGGAGAUUAAUGGCUGGACUUACCACCAUGAAAUUUGAUGGUAGCCGUGGGAUGCACGAACAUGUCCUUGAAAUGACUAAACUGGCUGUUAGACUCAAAACUCUGGGAAUGAAUGUCGAUGAAAGUUUCCUUAUUCAAUUUAUUCUGAAUUCCUUGCCUGCUCAAUAUGGGCCAUUUCUAUAA